GGCAAAAAGUUCGACAGGUUCAGAGCAUGCACGGGCCGCGCGAGAUGGAGGCCGACGCGAGUCGGCUCGUGAUCACUCGGCGCGCCAGCAUACGCCCGUGGCCGUCGCCGCCGAGCCGCGCCCUUGCGAAGAACCCGAUCUGCAAGUCGGCGCCCGACGUCUUUGCGGCGUACCGGCAGAAAGAGGACAUUUCGAUCUCGGCGCCCGACCCGGCGGUGUCGACGGUGUCGCUCCAGUCGCCGCCUGAGACUGCCAACGUGUCGGUGGGCAACUUGACGCCGCCGUUCGCGCACCUCAAGCCGCUCAACAAGCUCGGCGGCCACCUGCUCUCGAAAGAGAUCGACUGGAGCGACAUCGUCGACGUGGACGACGUCGACAUGCUCAGCGACGACGACGACGACGAAUACGACAUGGACGUCGGCGACUUGACGCAAGCGCUCUUGGACAGCGUGAUGGCGCGCGUGGCGCCCGACUUGUCGCCGACCGAUGUGGCGGCGCUGCGCAAGAUUAUGUUGGAUUCUGAUAAUGGCUUUGGAACGUGGAACUUCAAUGUCCUUCAAGUGGCGGCGUACCUCCCGACGUCGGUCCUCACGUUCAUUGCCGUCGCGAUCUUCACGCUGCUCGACUACGACGACAUUGAUCUCGACGCGGUCGCCGUCUUUGCCUCGGACGUCGAAGCCAAGUACAACCGCCACGUCAUCUACCACAACGCUGACCACGCCUCCGACGUGCUCCACUCGUUCUUCGCCAUCUUGCGCAACACGAAUCUGACGGCGAUCCUCUCGGAGACGCACCAGAUCGCGGGCCUCCUCGCCGCACUCCUCCACGACGUGCAGCACUUUGGCCUCACCAACAAGUUUCUCAAGCAGAGCGAGCACGAACUCUCGCGUACGUUCCCCGUGUGCUGUCCAUUGGAAGCCAUGCACUCGGACGUCGGCCUCAAGAUCCUCGCCACACACAACGUCCUUCGCCGCUUCUCGCCGUCGCUCCAGGCCGAGAUGCGCCAUACGAUCCAUGAGACAAUCUGGACCACGUCCGUGUGCGAGCAAAAGCGCAUGUUGGCGGCGCUGGCCGCCGCCGACCGCAGCUCCAAGCAGUUUGUGACGCUCGUUGUACAGAUCGCAGUGCACGUCUCGGACCUCGGGCAGACUUCCAAGCCGCUGGGCAUCCACCAGGUGUGGGUCGAUCGGCUCCAUGGCGAGCUCUUCCUGCAGGGCGACCAGGAGCGGGCGCGCGGCUGGCCGCUGAGCAUGGACUGCGACCGCACCAAGGGCAUCUGCCCCAAGAGCCAGGCGUCCUUCAUGGAGGGCUUCGUCGUCCCCGCCUUCUCGGCGCUCAUGCUUCUUCCGGGCAUGGACGACGUCGAGACGCCGCUGCGCCAAGUCCUCCGCAACAUCGCGCAUUGGAAACGCGAGUAGACUCUACAGUUUUAAUUUAUUAUAAAUCCCGUGUACACUUUCUAUCA